AUGGCCGCUCUAUCCAUCACAACUGUUGCACUAAGCCUGGUGAACGGUUGUCCUACGCUGCCGUUCUACAUCCUGGAAUUGAUCGUUAACGGCGCAAUGAUUCUCGAAGUCUCAAUACGAUUUGUUGCCUUCGGCAGGCAAUUCUGGACGUCAUGGUUCAAUAUCAUGGACCUUGUCCUCACCAUAUUCUGUGUGGUCACCUUACUCGUCAUCUUCUUCGCUGGUUGUGGAAAUACUAGCAAGGAAGAAGAACUGCUGGACACUCUGCUCCUCGUCGCCCGUAAUAUCCUGCAAUUUGGGCACGAGGAGAUAGAAGACGAACUGGGGCGCCCACUCAUACGCGAUGCAGUUGUAUUCGAUGCGUCUGAAGAGGCCGCCCAAUCGCGUACUACCUUAUCGGACAUGCCGCGAGCAGUCCAAGCGGUACACGAUCGAGAUAUGGAGGAUGUUUGGGCGGAGCUGGGAUAG